GCUGAAAGUAGCCAACCAGCAGCUGACAGUGGCCCCUGACCUGGCAGAGGGUGUACUAGAGAGAUAAUAGUGUGCACGAUCCUUUCCUCGCUGCCCCUUGCCAGCCUGUGCCCAUGUCCUCCUGCCUAUAACAAAACUCACUGCACCCACCCUGAAGUACAUCUCUCUGCAUGGCAAGUCUCAAGAGGGACCCCAGGCUGACCUACUGGCAGAGCACACUAUGUGGGGGUGUUGCUGGGGUGCUGAGCCGCACUACUACUGCCCCCCUGGAUGUAGUGAAGAUACUCACACAAGUGGGCACUUUCCACUCCAAACAGGGCUUCCUGAACACUUUCCACGUGCUGUGCAGAGCAGAAGGAGUGAGAGCCCUAUGGAAGGGUAACCUAACUGCUUGUGUGCGCCUCUUUCCUUUCAGUGCUGUCCAGCUGUCAGUCUAUAAAAGGUAAGUACUGCCCAGGGAGGCUAACUGUGCCAGGGCUGCUGGAGACAUCUAUCUAUCGAGAGCAGCGAAUUGCGUUUAUGUCUUACUACUAUAAUGUAAUUAUUUUAUUAUGUAUAGAUUGUAAACACCAACUAAUCUAUGUUACUCUCUUUCUUAACAAUUCUUCAAGAAGACUAAUAAUUGGGCAUGUUCAGGUUUACAGAUUUAUCCUUUGAGGAAUAGUUUAUACUUGUUACACUUUUAUCUAAAAUGGAUAGAAACAUCUACAAUGAAUGUGGAUAAUGCAUCUCACCUUUAUGUACUUCCUUAUUAUAUCAGUGCUACAUUCGGAUUAAUACAUAUAGAAGAAAGGGAGUGAUAGUACUCAGGAUACCUCCCUGCCAUCCAAUAAACAUGUUAGCAAGUGUCAGCUGAGAUAAACAUCACAUGCACAAUAUGAAACCCUGUACUAGUUAUAGCCUGGCAUUUAGCAUGCUGCAGCUGCACUGACCUAUGUUUAGGGCAUGUCAGCCACAAAAAGACAUUUGUUGGUUUGGUUAUGAAGUAUAGAUGUAAAUUUUAUAUUAUUUUUCAAAAGAGUUCAGUGCAGCCCAGAUUUCUGUGUUAUGUAAGCCCUUGAUCGAUACUGAAAUAUGGGAUGGCUAAUUUAUAAGCAGAGAAUCACAUAUUGUUUUCUUUUUCAGCAGAAUACAAUACAGGAUAAUGUUUUAAAGGUAAUACUUGCACAUUUUUGGCUAUUUCCCUUUAGGGUUUAUUAACUAAAUACCGAAAUGUAGUAAAUUAAAAACUGAAUUGAAAAAUAGCAAAAAGGCUCAUACUCUGAAGCAUGAAUUUUGCAAUUUAUUUUUCAUUGCAUUAGAAUUUGGUGUUUCCAGGACCAAAAAAGACAACUAUGAAUUUUGACAUAUUGAUUUGCAAGGACUAUUUCUCUAUCUGCGUAGCAGUUAACCAAUUAAAAGCCUAGAAUGUCCUGAUACUAUCCCUCUGUUUAAUGUGAACAUAUUUUAACAGUUUGAUAUAAAGUUAGGGUUUACAGCUUGGAUUGCAUUUAUUAACACAUGCAUGCCAGGCUGUCAUGCCUCUUAUUUGUCUGUCUAAGCCCCAUUUCUGGGCAAGACGACUCAUUUUGGGUACUGCCAGUCACGCACGUCAUGUCAGUUUCAUGCCCACAUAGGCCUGCCUACCCUCGAUCUCCAUUUUAUAUCUUCCAGUGUUGGGAGGCACGCUGUACUAUAGAGUAUUUUGUGUUAAUAUACAUCACCUGAUGUAUUAAAAGCAUUAUGAUGAGCUUACCCACAUGCCUUCCUUCUCUUUUUCUCAUUGAUCAUUGGGAAUAAGAUCAAAUAUGCAAACCUAGGCAUUGGCAUGGUACCCCCACCGCUCAGGUACUGGUAAAAUAAAAAUGAGAAAUAGAACCCUUGCUCCCUAGAAAGUAAGAGUCAGAUAUACAGUGCUCAUAGACUACAAUAGGGUAGAUCUAUGAAAGGGACAUGUUCUGAAAAGUGAUACAAGGGGCGCAGUCCCCAAUGGAGUGUGCCUGCUGGUUCCUCUAAUUUCUAUGGUUGUUGGCUCAAUUUUAAUACUUUGCUGCAUUUUUCAGGACAGCACUGUGAAAAAUCUAUUUUUUUUUUUUUUUUCUAGAGUGGUUUGAUGUGAUUAUACAGUCUGCGUUAUGACAUAAUUACAUGAAGGAUUCCUGUGAAUGAGAGACAGUUUAAGCUUGUUUAUCAUCGAAAAAUAAAUGUGUUUAUUUUAGAAAUUCAAGACACUGGCAAGGAUAUGGAUGGUAUCCAUAUCAAUCACGCCAAUAUUAUGUUUGCUUUAAAGCAGAAUUGAUGAAACAUGUUUUUCUACCCUUCUUUUUAUUUCCUUUCUUUUUGUAGAUUAACAUUAUUUUGUAUGGAUGACUUUGGGCAAGUUACUGUAUGGAAAGCCAUUGUUGCAGGGAGUAUCUCAGGAAUGGUUGCUGCUGUUGUGAUCUAUCCCACUGAUCUCAUCAAAACACGACUAAUCGUACAGAACCGCCUAGAACCCACCUACAGAGGGAUUAUUCAUGCUUUUUGUUCCAUCUAUUACCAGGAAGGAUUCCGGGCUUUGUAUCGAGGGGUUUCUCUACCACUUAUCGGUAUGUAAACUCAUGGUUAUAAAUGUUACUCUACGUCUUCCAAUUUGUUUUUAAAGGAUCACUAUAGGGUCAGGAACACAAACAUGUAUUCCUGACCCUAUAGUGUUAAAACCACCAUCUAGCCCCCCUGGUUCCCUCAUGCCUCCAUAAAUAUAGCAAACUCUUACUGUAUUCAAGCCUGAAGCUGUAACUCUGCAUGCUGUUUGACUCAGUAAAAACAAGCAGUCUGCUGACAUCAUCAGAAGUGGUGGCCUGAUCCAAUCACAAUGCUUCCCCAUAGGAUUGGCUGAGACUGACAAGGAGGCAGAUCAGGGGCAGAGCCAGCAUGAUUCAAACACAGCCCUGGCCAAUCAGCAUCUCCUCAUAGAGAUUAAUUGAAUCAAUGAAUCUCUAUGAGGUAAGUUCAGUGUCUGCAUGCAGAGGGUGGAGAUACUGAAUGUUUGGAAGCAUUUUAGGCAGCUAUGACCCAGGAAGGAUCUGUAACAGCCAUCUGAGGAGUGGCCAGUGAAGUUAUCACUAGGCUGUAAUGUAAACACUGCAUUUUCUCUGAAAAGACAGUGUUUACAGCAAAAAGCCUGAAGGUAAUGAUUCUACUCACCAGAACAAAUUCAAUAAGCUAUAGUUGUUCUGGUGACUAUAGUGUCCCUUUAAAUUACAUGUGUAGUGAAUUCCUUUUGAAAAGAACACACCAAUGCACUAACACUCUGUACCCUACUGAAGUGAUUUAGGAGUUAACAAUACCCCUCUUUCUCACUUUAUUAAUGUGCCAAUUUUAAGAAAAAAAAAUUCCUGGGUAUUCCUGGUGUCGUACUGCAGAGAGUGUUUUUCCUCACUGCUUUGUGCUAUAACAUAAAGCGCAUUCACAUAAUUUUUGCUGAGAAGCAUUGUCUUCAGUGUUUCUCUAUGAGAAGCAGUGCAGGGAAAUAAUUGCUGCGCAUACACAUUACCUCCAAAUUCUUCUUUGAGAGAAGCAUUGGAUGGGCUGGGAGAUCAGCUCUAGUGACUAUCUUGCAGAGGCAGAGCUGAUUUGUAGAGAGAGACCAUCUUAGUGCUGGAUCAGUGCUAAGUUAGAGGGUUAUUCCAAACACUAGGACACCUUCAGUGUUUUAAAGUGGUCAUGGUGCCUGGAGUUUGCAUGUGCAAUAUUUUGCCAUGAAACGAUGCACAUAGCUUUAGCUGCCGAAGGUGUAACUCCUUCUUCAGUCUUGUUUUUGUUUCUUACUUGGGAGGUGGGGGAUAUUGUAUUUCCUAAUUUAUUUUGAACCUUGAUUUCUUGUCAAAUAAUUUUUUAGUUGGGUUCUCCUAAACAAGCAUCUAUACUCCAGACCCUUUUUUCAACAUUCAAGGUUAAGUAGCUUUGUACAUAUGAUGUGAAAGUUCAAGUUCCUCAUUUCCUUUUUUAUAUAUAUAUAUAUAUAUAUAUAUUUUAUUUUUGCACAGUUCACUGAUCAUGUAUAUAUCACCAUAUAUUUAUCCAAAAAUAACAAGCGUUAUCAGCAUUAUUACAAAAAUAUGCAGGUGUAGAGGUAAACAGUUGAGAGUGAAAUUAAGUGAACCAAGGGUUUUGUGAUAUUUGAGUGCCUUAAUUUAAUGGGUUACGCCAAAAACCAUAACCACUUCAGUGAUUUGAAGUGGUCAUGGUGCCCUGAUUCUGUACGUGCAGCAUUUUAGUAUUUUAGUUUAGAACAAUCAGCUCAUCCUCUUAGCUAAUGAAUGGCAACUGGAUCGACUUCCUAAAGAGUGUCACCAGAGGGGAAAGGAGGCUCGGAGUGCAAACAGUUCCAAAAUAGUUUUCCCCGUUGCCAGCGAACUGAGCCUGUAAACAAACACUACAGCAGGAUGUAGUGGCUAUGAUGCUUGGAGCAACCCUUUAGUGUAUUUUAUUAUUUUGAUGUUUGUCUACUAAAUUCUAAAUAGAAUAUUGCAAGUUUUAGGCCAACAUAUCUGAUUAAUACAAAUUUUUCAACCCAGUUAUAGUCACAGAUUGGAUAUUUCAGCAUAAAUAUUGCAAUUUGUUUUCUAGUUAAUUUAGUGUUUAGUAAAAGGAAAAAAAAACUUUGUGUUUCUUUUCCCAGGAGCAAUCCCGUUUUCCGCCAGCUUGUUCUUUAUGGACUUAAGCUUGGACAGUUUGUGGCAAGAACCUGGUAGCCAUCCAACCGCACUUCAGAAUUUUAUGAAAGGUUGUUUAGCAGCAGCCGUGGCACAGACGAUAUCUUUCCCCUUCGACACUGUAAAAAGGAAAAUGCAGGUAAAUCUAUUGAUCUUUAUUUUCUAAUGUGCCAGAUUGAAUAACAGUGGGAAUAAAUUGCUGGCUCUGCCAACAUGUGUUCAGCACAAACAAUAGAAUGUUAUGGAUGUCCUUACAUUCUUGAUGAGACUUUAACCCCUUAAGGACACAUGACAGAAGUUUGGUCCUUAAGGGGUUAAACAUACAGUCAUGGGGAAAAAGAAAGUACACCCUCUUUGAAUUAUAUGUUUUUACAUAUCAGGACAUAAUAAUGAUCUGUUUCCUACCAGGUCUUAAAAUUAGGUAAAUACAACCUCAAAUGAACAACAACACAUGACACAUUACACUGUGUCAUGAAUUAUUUAACAAAAAUAAAGCCAAAAUGGAGAAGCCUUAUGUGAAAAACCAAGUAGAUCAUAUGAGUCAAUAGCUUGCAGAACCACCUUUAGCAGCAAUAACUUGAAGUAAUCAUUUUCUGUAUGACUUUAUUAGUCUUUCAUAUUGUGGAGGAAUUUUAUCCCACUCUUCUUUACAGCGUUGCUACAGUUCAUUGAUAUUUGCUGGCAUUUGUUUAUGCACAGCUUUAAGGUACCGUCACAGCAUUUGAGUUGGUUUGAGGUCUGGUCUUUGACUAGGCCAUUACAACACCUUGAUUCUUUUUUGCCAUUAUGUGUAGAGUUGUUGGUGUGAAUGGGAUCAUUGUCCUGUUGCAUGACCCAAUUUCGGCCAAGCUUGAGCUGUCAGACAUAUGGCCUCACAUUUGAUUCUAGAAUACUUGGUUCAUGGUUCCCAGGUCCUGUGGCUACAAAACAAGACCAAAUCAUCACCCCUUCACCACCGUGCUUGAAAGUUGGUAUGAGGUUUUUGUGCUGACAUGCUCUGGCACUGUGGUGCUAUGCAUUAUGGACAAAUAUCUCCACUUUAGUCUCAUCUGUCCAAAGGACACUGUUCCAAAGUCUUCUGGUUUAUUCAGAUGCAACUUUGUCAAACUAAGCCAUGCACUCUUGUACUUUUUAGAGAGAUGAGGCUUUCUCCUGGCAACACUUCGAAACAAACCAUACUUGUUCAGUCUUUUUCUGAUUGUGCUGUCAUGGACUUUACCAUUUAACAUGCUACCCGAGGCCUGUAGAUUCUGAGAUGAAACUCUUGGAUUUUUUUUGUAAUUUCUUUCAGCAUUACACAGUCUGACCUUGACUACCUUGAAUGUUUUCCACUUUUGAAUAGUCGUGCUCACUGUAGAAUGAUGGGCUUUAAAUUGUUUGGAAAUGUCCUUAUAACCUUUCUCGGUUUGGAGGGCAGCAACAAUUAUUUUUCUAAGCUCAUUGCUGAUGUCUUUCCUCCUUUGCAUUGUGUUAACUCACACCUGAAUGCUCUAGACCAGCAAUCUGCUAAAACUUUGGCUUUUAUAGAGGUGGCCACACUUGAUGAUCAAUUAAUUAUGGGCAUUUGAUGAGCAGCAUCUGUCUGCUACUUAGCCUCAUAAUUCCGAUGGAAGCUGUAAGGGCGUUGUUAGUUUUUCAUACAUGGCUUUAUUUUUGUUAAAUUAAUCAUGACACGGUGUAAUAUGGCAUGUUUUGUUGUUCACCUGAGGUUGUAUUGACCUAAUUUUAAGACCUGCUCAAGAACAGAUGAUUUUUAUUUCGAAGUCCAGGAAGGACUACAAGAAAAUAUUGUUGGGAAUAAUGGGGGGAGAACGAUAGGGGUAAGUAUAUCCCAACAGGUAGACUCCAGAAGGGAAGAGUGGCAAGUUCUAGAUCGUCUGAGCAUAAUGUGAACUUUCCAUUUCUGUGACAUCUCUGGCCCAGGGUAACCAAAUACUUAGACAACAUGAAGACACAUUCAUUUUCAUGUACGAGGCAGUCUUGAAAUAGUGGAAUAUUUAUUGGGAGGGCACUGGGACAUUAGUUAAUAGAACGUGAAGAAGUAUAUUUUGUGAUACCUAAAAAAAGAUGAGGUAGAGACUGCAAAAAUAGUGCUUUCGUAUGGAUUUACAGGUAGACUAAGGUACAUCUUCAGUGAGUAUGGUGUUCUAAACAUGGUACGUUUAAAGCGGAACUGUCCCUGUCUGGGGACUUUGCAUAGACCCUGAAACGGGGCCAUAGCAGCUGGGAAUCUGGUGGCUGGGUGAGAGGCAGGCAAAGGUAUGUUUAACAUAUCUGAACCUGUCCUUCCCAGGACCAUUUUUUCUGGCUGGUCCUCUUCUGCUCCUGACAUACAGCAUUGAGGUCUUUGAAGGAUCCUGCGAGACCAUGGGAUCCUCUAUAGAUAGAGCCAAACCACUGCAGCCGUCACAUCACUAAUGACGGUUGGUGGAUUGUCACUUCUUGACGGCGGUAGUUCCGCCCAGUGUCUAGAAGUGUCUUGUGUCUCCAUAUAUCUUUUGACUGGGUUGAAAUUUCUGUGAAAUUUCAACACAGUCAGUGUGAAUAUUGCAUAAAGAUUUUAUCUUCAUGAAUACUCCAUUUGCAGGAAGGGGGCACUACGGCACUAGCUUUCAUAAUCCACAUUUGGGCAUCAUAGGCCAUCUGUUUUAUAUUGAGUGGAAGUUUUUUUGUGUCUAGGUCAAGGAUCACAAUUUCCACUUAAUCCUGCUUAAUGGGAUUGCGAAAAUUGGUGCCUAGUGUGCUAACCCAGGAUGUUGGUUAUACCUACAGCCUUAUGCACAAGUUGCCACAUACAGAGGGAACCAGUAGUGGCUUUGUGGUUCCUGAUGCUUCAGAAUCAGAGUCUCUACCAACUGGAGCGAGUCCAGUCACAUACAACCGUUCUUUAACUGAACUUAUCCAGUGAGCUUUUCUUUUUUUUUUUGUAUUGUCGUUAAAAAAAAAUUGUGUGUGUGCAUGUAAGUUAUGUUGAGUGAGGAAUUUUGAAAGUGGUCAUAUAAACAGGCGCACUGGACUAGUAACACGUGGCAGGUAGUACAUUAAUUAAAUAAGGAAGCAUAGCCUAGUGCCAUGGAGAAAGGAGUAGGCUCAUGAAAUGGUUGAUGGACUAGCAACGGGCAGUAGAGAACAUCUGAACCAUGGAGGACUGGGCUACAUUUGAAUUAAAGGAUCACUAUAGUGUCAGCAAAACAAACUCGUUUUCCUGACACUAUAUACUCCUUAGAAUCCCCCCGCCCCCUCAGGGUCUCCCUCCCUUGGCGCUGAAGCCACUUACCUUAAUCCAGCGCCGGGCUCCCUCGGUGCUGGUGACCUCUCCUUCACCGCCGACGUCAGCUCCCGAGCGAACGCGCAUGCGCGGCAAGAACCGCGCGUGCAUUCAAACAGUCCAUAGGAAAGCCUUUCUCAAUGCUUUCCUAUGGACUUCCUGCACGCUGGAUGCGAUUUUCGCAUCCAGCGUCGCAGAAGCGCCUCUUGCGGCUGUCAGGAAGACCGCCACUAGAGGUUGGAUUAACCCUGCAAUGUAAACAUAACAGUUUCUCUGAAACUGCUAUGUUUACAUCUGAAGGGUUAAAACCUGAGGGACCUGGCACCCAGACCACUUCAUUGAGCUGAAGUGGUCUGGGUGACUAUAGUGUCCCUUUAAGGUGGCAAAGACUGUGCUAAUCUCACACACACAUUCCACACAGAUACACUUCACACAAAUAAACCAACUGCACAUAUACAUCCGUACAUUCACACAUACUGACAUCCCACAUUGUUACAGCCCUGCAUUCAUACACUCUGACAUCCCAUGUCGCAAACAUGCCUUCAAUCAAACAAAUAGCUGCUCAUUUAAAAUUAACUUUAAAAUGUAAUCUAUUUUAUUAUUUGUUACAAUUGUAUUAUAAUUUGAAUGUGUUAUCUAAAUAAUGCAUUAAAGGUACACUCCACUGCCCAAAAACACAAAAAAAGUGUUUUUUUGUUUGUUUUUUAAAUCACUGUUUAGCAGGUAUAUCUGUAGUCAAAACAUGCAUGUAUUUAAAGGGACACUGACACCGUCUGGGGACUUUGCCAAAUUCACAAUGACCUAGACCUGGCUUCCCCAAACUCCGGCCCUCCAGAUGUUGCUGAACUACAACUCCCAUGAUUCUAUAAAUGAAAUAGGCUGAGAAUCAUGGGAGUUGUAGUUCAGCAACAUCUGGAGGGCUGGAGUUUGGGGAAGCCUGACCUAGACCGUGACAUCACUGCUAGUGGGGUUGAGCAGGGGGGGGAGAUAAAGGUGAGAUUUACCUAUCUGACCCUGUUCUUUUGAUCUGGGGGUCCUCUUCAGAGCCGAUAUUACUGCUGCACUAUUGUGCAUGGUGGUCUAUGGAAGAUCCUGCGAGACCGUGGGUACAACCAAUUCUCUGCAGCCGUCACUUAGACUCUGCCCUUAAUCUAAGAAAGUCAAGCAUAGUAGAAAUACAAAGACAAAGUAGUCCCUACUUUGUCUCCGUAUAUCACUUCAAUUUCACUUUAACUUCCAAAACAGUCAUAAUGAGUAUUUUAUAUAGAUUCUAUCUAGGGAUCGGCAGAUAUUUUUUUUGUAAGUAUUGGUAUCGGCCGAUAAUCACUGGCAAUACCGAUAAUGAAUGAGUGGGUCGGCGUGUCCAUAAGGCGGCACAAGCGGCCGCCUUAGGGCGCACCGGCCCAGGGGGGUUCUAGAUCGGAGUGACCGGCAGGAGGUGGGUGCAAAGUGCUCCCUCCUGCCAGGCACUCUGUGUAGUGUGGCAGAGUGGAGCAGUGCGCACCACCGUUCAGGAACUUUGUUUCCUGUACCCGGCCGGGGAAUGGGGGUUGGUAAGGAACACUAUGGGGGAGUGGGGGUUGGUAAGGAACACUAUGGGGGAAGAUGGUUGGUAAGGAACACUAUGGGGGAAGAUGGUUGGUAAGGAACACUAUGGGGGAGUAGGGGUUGGUAAGGAACACUAUGGGGGAGUGGGGGUUGGUAAGGAACACUAUGGGGGAAGGGGGUUGGUAAGGAACACUAUGGGGAGAGGGGAUGGAAAGGAACACUAUGUAAGGGGGGUAAGGAACACUAUGUAAGGGGGGUAAGGAACACUAUGAGACAGGGAAGGGGGUAAAUAACACUAUGAGACAUGAAAGGAGGGUGAAGAACAUUAUGGGACAGGGAAGGGGGGUGAAGAACAUUAAGGGAGGACACUAAGGUACAGGCGAGGGAAGGGAAAUGGAACACUGGGAUAGAGGCUGACCACUAAAAGAGAAAGGAGAGGGACAGGAGAAUGGGGGGAGGUGGGAGGCACUAAGAGACAUGUAAGGGGAGGGGAGGAAGGGAGUUCAUACAUAUUUACACACAAACACACUGCAUCCACUACACAAACACACACACUGAAUCCACUACACAAACACACACACUGCAUCCACUACACAAACAUACACACACACACACUGCAACCACUACACACACUGAAUCCACUACACAAACACACACACUACAUCAACUACACAAACACACACACACACACACACACACACACACUGCAUCCACUACACAAACCAGCACAUUGCAUCCACUACACAAACCAGCACAUUGCAUCCCCUACACAAACACACAAACUGCAUCCACUACACACACAUCUAAAUAUUCUUGAAAACAUAACAAAAAAAAUCUGACUGGCAUGUAUAUUUUGUGCAUUUACCAAAAAAAAAUAGAUUUGCAAAAAAUAAAUAAAUACAGUAAAUGUAAAGAAUAUCGUUAAGCUAUCGGCCUGAAAGUUCACUGAUUAUCGGUAUUGGUAUCUACUCUAUAAAAUCAAUUUCGGUCGACCCCUAAUUCUACCUUCAUGAAAUACUAAUUUUUCCAGGGGGAUGAAGUGCAGCUUUAAUUAUAGAUUUUUAUUGGGGGUAUAUCUAAAACGGCUUGCAAAAGCUGCAUGUAUCUUGCCUACAACCUUUGAAAGCCCUCCCCUUCUUCUCCAGCCCAGACUUUCUGUGACUGUCCAAUCACAAGCUUUCCAAUGCAGUUAAAUGAGAAGUCUUUUUAAGGCAGGGGCUCUGGGCAGUUGCUCCAAUGAGCUAAAUAACCAGGAAGUACCAUGUUAACAUAUUUAUAAAUUAUCUUGAAAUAGACAUUGAAAGUCGUGUUUCAAUGUUUGCAGAUGACACAAAACUCUGUAAAGUAAUACAACGUGACCAGAUUAUUGCUUUUCUACAGAGGGAUUUGGAUAAAUUAGGGGACAAUGCACUCAAUUGUCAGAUUAAAUUUAAUGUAGAAAAACGCACUUUCGGGUAAAGAAUGCACACAAGCAAUUUACACCCUAAAUGGUAGUGAAUUAGGAAUAACAAUACACCAGAAGGAUUUGGGAAUUGUUAUAGGCAACAAUGUUCAAUGUCAAUCAGCACUUGCUAAUGCCAGUAAAGUAUUGUCAUGUAAAAAAGAGGCAUUAAUUCAAAGAAUGAAAAUAUAAUUUUGCUUCUUUAUAAAUCACUGGUAACAUCACACCUUGAAUAUAGCGCUCGGGAAUAUGUUGCGCUUUACAAAUACCAGUUAUAAAAAAAUAUAUAUACUGUGCAAUUCCGAGCACCUUUUCUAAAGAAAUAUAUUAUGGCACUACAAAAAGUGCAGACAGGCUACAAAAUUAAUAGAAGAAAUUGAGCAUUUUGUUAGGAAGAAAGGUUAACACAUUUAAAUCUGUUUAGUUAAGAAAAAUGCUGCCUCAGAGGGGAUAUGAUAGCAUUAUACAAAUAUGUUCAGGGCCGAUCCAAAGCAUUGUCUGGAAAACUAUUUAUAAACAGGGCUAUACAUAGGACACAAGGUCACGCGUUUAGACUGGAAGAAAGGAGAUUUAGCCUAAUGCAAAGGAGAUGGUUUUUACAGUAUGAACUUCUGCCUGAAGAGGUGGUUUUAUCGGAGUCUAUACAGAUGUUUAAACAGCAAUUGGAUAAAUACUUGCAAAAUCAUAAUAUUCAGUGAUAUAAUUUUAAUUUGUGGGGUAAUAGCUUCUUGAUCCCGGGAGAGUCUGACUAUCAUUCUGGGUUCAAGAAGGUUUUUCUUCCUAGUUUGUUGCAAAGUUAGAGGCAGUUGAAAUUUUUUUUUUUUUUUUGCCUUCUUUUGGAACAACUGCAAAAACAGAUGUGAGAAAGGCUUAACUUGAUGGACGCAUGUCCCUAUUCAGUUACGUAACUAUGUAAAUGCUCAGAAAUAAAGUCUUUGAAUAUGUAAUAGCCUAUGUGGGAAGUGGGGGGGGAUUAUGUACUAACAAACUAGUGUGCCGAUUGGGGAACUUCCCAUUUAGAGACAUAUGAGUUUCCAUAAAGUACUUCCCUUUCAGUUCCAGGAAGUUCAGCUGGCUGGCUUCUCGUAGACAUAUGUGGUCUGCACUGUCUGCAAUACAUUUAACCUCUGAUAAAACAAACAUCACAUAAUUCAGUGUUUGUUCUAUUACUUUUCAAAAAAAACUCAUAUCACAAUUUAGUAAACUUGCCAAAAAAAAUGGGUUCUUUAAGCACAAUAACUACUACAACAUAUUGUAGUGGUUAUGGUGCAAGAAGCCUUCAGGCGCAGUCUCGUUGUGUUUAUCAAUGGGUCUUUCUUGGCACCCACACCUGGACCCUCUGCAGCCGCCUAGAUCAAGUGGUAUUUCAAAUUUGGAUGGCAACAAUAUGCUCCCAAAACAGUAAUCACUUAGCCAACAGCCCGUGAUUGCCACUAAAUCUGGACUGGAAAGCCAUAUAUCUUUUUUUCGUAUUUAUUUAUUUUAGAACUGCUAAAAAAAAAAACAACAAAAAAACCCACAAUGAACUGCACUCAAACAUUCCUUGCACCAUAACCACUGCAAUAAGCUAUAGCAUGUUUGGUUUGUCAGCUAUUUGUGUUACCGGUAAUUACAUAAAUUCACUGUUCACAUGACUUUACUGUAUUACUAUUAAAGCUAUCCUGAUUAAAAAGGAAGAGGAACAAGAAAACACCAAUUAUCGUGCUGCUAUAUUGACUAGAAAGUUAAUAAAAAGUAAAAAAAUAUAUUUGUAGUUUUCCAUUUCAUCAAUAUUUCAGUGAUCUAGGUUAACUUUGAAUAAAAUGAUAUAGCCCAUUCAUAGUAUUUUGCUGUCCUAAUCAUACCGCCAGAUGCACAUCUUUCUGGUUCUCUUGUUAUAGUGUAUCUCCGUUUUCUAUUUGUCUCCUUUAUAUAUUUAUUUUGUGUAGUGUUCGCCCAAAAUUUUAAAAGAGUAGGCAAGUUCAGAGAUAUCCCAUUUUGUUGUUGCAUGGAACAAAUGUUACAUUCUUUACAUUUUAUAUCCUACUUCCCAUAAAAUGUAAAAACGAAAUUUUGCUGGGAUCUGUCUGUUUUUCCUCGUCCUUUUUUUUUACAUCACCAGCUACCAAGUUUAUAAUCUGCUGUUUAUUCCAGAACUUCUAUUGCCUUGUCAGAACACCUUACAGAUCCGCACAACAACAAGUCUCGAAACUCCUUAAUUGAUGAGGCCAUGUCUUACCAAGGUGGUUUUUGGGUUUUUUUGGGUUUUUUUUUCAGUCAUUGAAAGGUUGAUGUUUCUUGAGUUUAGGCAAUACGCGCCUUUUUUUUAAAUACAAUUUCAUUAGUUCAAUAAGAUAUAGCCGUAGCCCGUGUGUUCUUUAGAAGCAUGUGUUUAAUUUCCAUUUACGCACUUGUUGGUAACAUUCUUUCCAGAAAUACUGCUAAUAUCUUGGCUUUGUUUGGUGAAUUGAGAGAAGGCAUGCUUUUUAUCUCUGUGAAUUAAAGGUAAGUGUUGGUUCCUGGCAGUAAUAUCUGGUAGCUAGGCUUACCCUGAAUACUAAGUAUUUGGCAUUGGAAAUGCUAUAAAUAAUGCUGAGCAUAUGGCAAACAGUACUGCAGUAUUUCCACAAAUCUCUGAGAUGUUAACAUUUGUAGUCACUGAAUAAAAAAGUUCAGGCACUCUAAGGUUUAAAUCAGCAUUUUAUUGAACUACAGUGUCCUGCUUCUGGACACUGUAGUUCAAUAAAAUGCUGAUUUAAGCCUGGACCUUUUUCUUCAGUGACUACAAACUACUUCUUGGGCCUUGGUGCUGGUCCCAGGUUUGGUUGCACCCAGGCUUUAUUUAUGGAUGGGGUGCAGUUCCACAUUUUGGUUUUUGACCUGUAAAUAUUGUUCCUUAAUUAUAAGUAAUGCUACGAGAUGGAAAGUCCUUGUAUUUACUAUCAAAAGUUAAAGCGAAGGAAGCUCUGCUCUGCGUGUGUUGAAGAAAACGGGCAAAUAUGGUAGAUUGUCCAAGCGAUGUUCGACUUGCAGGUUGUGGGUUUGGUGGAUGCCUCCUCUGAAUUGUCCAAUCCGAUGAGCUUACAUCUUCUAUUUACAAAGAGGAUUCAAGAUAACGCCAAUAGAUCUCUUUCACUUAUAUGGCCUCUAUCUCAUGCUAGAAGUGAAAUCCUUUUUGAAAAGCUCUUAAACCUUUUUAGAAGAAAUGAUAUGGCUCCAUUUAGUGGUAUUCUGUAUACCAUGCCUAUUCUUUAAAGUGGUCUUUAGUGUAGCUUUCAUUAUCAGGGUUAUUUACCAAAGUGAGAAUUUGAUUACAGUCCUACAUUUUAAAUUAGCUGAGAGUAGAUUUUCAAUAGGACUAGGUCACUAGGUACACAUGGAUCUCAGUCGGUAGAGCAGUGAUGGCUAACCUUGACACCAUAAAUUGUUUCUGGUCUACAUUUCCCAUGAUGCCCAGCUAGCUUUUAGAGAAAUGUAGUCCAGAAACAAUUUAUGGUGCCAAGGUUAGCCAUCACUGCGGUAGAGCAUCAGACUUUUAAUCUGAGGGUCCAGGGUUCAAGUCCCUGUUUGGGCACUCUCGUGAUUUUUAGAUCACCAUUAUGGAAUGGCUGUCCAAGCAUUACAAGUUCUGGUACACGCAAGGUGGGCUAUUCACCUCAGUGAGAAUUUAAAAUGAAUUUUAAAUUUAAGGCAAGAGUAGCAGAAUGGAAAACAUAGGUUACUUAGAGAACAUUUGUAGAAAACAUUUCCAGUUUGGUUCAUUUGACCGCAAAUUUGAAAUUCACCUUUAAUUCUUACUUUAGUAUUGGAGUCCAUUUUCAACGUCGCCAACUUCCUUCUAGAAAAUAGAAGGGUUUCGGGCUCUACCGUUUGAGUCAUGCCCGCUUAGAUUUUCUCUCAGCAGCCACAUUCUAAACGCCCCUCUUGCCAUGCUUACCUUUAUUUAUCCCACUGUCAAACAUUCCUGUCGGGAUCUACUUGUUCCAGACAGAUUCAGUGUCUUUCUGAUCUAGAAACGUGCUUUGAGAAAAUGAAAAUCCUGCAUGGCUAGGGCCAAUUGUCCCCUUGAAAUGGAUGUGAAGUCAGCAUCAUACGCAAAGAGGAAGGAGACCUCUCGGAUACCUUGAAGCAGCUUGUCAGCACUCAAGCAAGGGGUGAAGGUGUGUAAACUGACAAUGAUUUGCGGCAAUUUGUGUGUAAGCCGGCAGAAGAGAUUCAAUUUACAAGCAGGUGAGCAGUGCAGCGCACAGUCGCUUUCUGGUUGACAGGCAGUGCUACGUUUUCAAUCAGCCGAAAGAAGCUUUUCAGUUGGACCAUGUUACCGGGCACGCAUGGAGCGCCAGCAGAGAGACUUUGCAAGAGCACGGAUAGCUCAGUCGGGAGAGCAUGAGACUUUUAAUCUGAGGGUCAAGGGUUCAAGUCCCUGUUUGGGCGCUCUCAUGAUUUUUAGAUUACCAAUAUUAAGAGGAGGGGCUACCUGCAAGUCUGUCGGCACUUGAGCAUUUGGUGCAAGGUAAGCAAUUCUUCUCCACUGAAAAGUGACACUUCAAAGAAAUGACAAAAUUUGGUCCAGGCUUUAAAAGUGCUGGUACACACCAAAGUGAAUUUCAAAUUUAAGGCCAGAGUAGCUGAAUUAAAGAAUAACUGAAAGAGAAGCUUUCAAGUCUGACUGUUUAGACUUUAAUCUUUAAAUUCUCACUUUAGUAAAUAACGCAAUAUGAGUUAUGCAUAUUCAUUUAUUUAUUUCUGAGACCUGUGAUCUGUCUACACCAGAAGACUGAGUAAUCUGUCCUGUCCUCUGGGCUCUCCUAUUCUGACGUUAAAGGACCACUAUAGUGCCAGGAAAACAUACUCGUUUUCCUGGCACUAUAGUGCCCUGAGGGUGCCCCCACCCUCAGGGUCCCCCUCCCGCCCGGCUCUGGAAGGGUGAAAGGGGUAAAAACUUACCUUUUUCCAGCGCUGGGCGGGGAGCUUUCCUCCUUCUCUCCUCCUCCGUUCCUCCUCCUGGGUUGAAUGCGCACGCGCGGCAAGAGCUGCGCGCGCAUUCAGCCCGUCGCAUAGGAAAGCAUUUACAAUGCUUUCCUAUGGACGCUUGCGUGCUCUCACUGUGAAAAUCACAGUGAGAAGCACGCAAGCGCCUCUAGUGGCUGUCAAUGAGACAGCCACUAGAGGAUUAGGGGGAAGGCUUAACCCAUUGAUAAACAUAGCAGUUUCUCUGAAACUGCUAUGUUUAUAAAAAAAAGGGUUAUCCCUAGAAGGACCUGGCACCCAGACCACUUCAUUAAGCUGAAGUGGUCUGGGUGCCUAGUGUGGUCCUUUAACCCAGCUUUACUGUUUGACACUUUAUUUUUUUUUCCGCCGUGUGAUUUAGUUUUGCAGCGACUGAUUACUUUAUUGUCGUUAUUCCAGGCUGUGUCUGUGCAUGUUUAAUUAUCGUUGACUCACAGUUUUACCACCAUUUCCAUGGAUAUCAUUUGUUGUAUUGUGUGUUAGCUGUUACUCUGUAGUGUAUACUCUGAAGACUUCUUUUUAUAUCUUGAAUGCUGUAUAUAAAUAUUCUCUCCUCGCUUGUACUCCCCUGAGAUCCCAAUACCUGUAGAACAAACACCAGCCCUCUUUUAUGAGCCAUAUAAAUACCUGUUUUUUUUUCAAAGUGCUAUCAUUAUCUUUGAAUCCCAUUGUCUGCAUGCCCCUGGUUGUGCAUAUGCUUUAUUUGUGUUCCUGUGUCGGUACCCUAGUACAAUAAUGUAUUAUAGAUGGAUAAAUGGGCUAUGGCGUCCCUGCCAUCUAUUCAUAGUGCAGGUCUUGGCAUUUUAGCGGGGGAUUUCCUUGCAAAUCAGGUACAGCUGAGCUCCCAAUAAUGACAUACUGAGCAUAAAUUAUUCAAACUUAUUCACAAAAGUGGGGAUUCUCGCAAAGUGAGUGAGGUUUUUUUGUUUUGUUUUUUUAGGCCGAAAUUUCAACAUUUUUCCAAUUUUGCUAUUUUUGUCUAAAAUUAUGCAUUUUGUUUCCCGAACAAUUCCCGAACAUUCCCAGUUUAGUGUAAAACCGAUAAUAAUUGCUUGUUCUGUGACAGAGCACGCAAGCAAUUAACAGGCAGUUGUUUUUUGCUUACAUUUUAAAAUUCACUUUUCAAUUUAUUACAAAUCAGGGUUUAGAGAAAUCCCACGAUGAUCAACUUGUGAGUUGCUCUUAGAUUUGUGGAUAUUACAGGAUUAAAGCAAAUAAUAGAGGUUUAUUUAUUUUUUUCUUUUCAUUUUCGAAGACAGAUAUAAUCCUUUUAUGUAUAUUUUAAUACAGUCUCAAUUGUACUGGCUAUAACUGGUCCAUUGUGUACUACUUUAAAUAUAAUUUACUUCCCUACACCCGUAGGAGUUCAUAUGACUACAUGUGACUCACACAGUGGCGUACAUACCGGGGUCGCAGGGGUCGUGACCCGGUAUGCACGCCCGUGGCAGUGUGGCCACAUUUUGCCAGCCUCUUGUCCUGGGGGGCCCAGGGUCCCCCGAGGCUGGCAGUGGCUUCAGUUUGCCGGCGGCCGGGCUGCUGGGCGGGCGCGAGGGAGGGAGACGUCAUAUUUUGGCUCCAGCAUCUGGAAGCAGCGCGAGGGAGCUGGGCAGAGAGCACUCAGGGGAGCAGGACCCCACUGGACCUCAGGGACAGCAGGACCCUACUGGACCUCAGGGACAGCAGGAAUCCCCACAGCACUCCCAAAGGUUGGGAGGCUGGGGGAUUAAAUAAAAUUAAAAAAAAUAUGUGAGUGUGUAUGUGUGUUAGUGUGUGUGUGUUACUGCGUGUGUGUCUGUUAAUGAGUGUGUUAGUUUGUGUGUGUCAGUGAGUGUGUUACUGUGUGUGUUUUGUGUGUGUCUGCUAGUGAGCGUCAGUAAGUGUGUUAGUGAGUGUUACUGUGUGUGUCACUGAGUGUGUGUGUCAGUGAGUGUGUCCGUUAGUGAGUAUGUGUUUUUUAGUGAGAGUGUGUUUUUCAGUGAGAGUGUAUGUUUUGUAAGUGAGUGUGUAUGUGUGUCUGUCAGUAAAUGUGUGUAUGCGUCAGUGAGACAGCUACUAGAGGCUGGAUUAACCCUCAGUGAAACAUAGCAAUCUCUCUGGAACUGCUAUGUUUUCAGCUGCAGGGUUAAAACUAGAGGGACCUGGCACCCAGACCACUUCAUUAAACUGAAGUGAUCUGAGUGCCUAUAGUGGUCCUUUAAGUGUAUCUGCAUGCACUGGUGGCACACCACGGCCGCAGGGGUCGCUGCCCUGUGUAGCAGCACCGGCACGAGCAGGGUAAGUGCGCAGGGGGAUGGGGGGGGGGGCACGGAUCAAUUUUCGCACCGGGGCCCCAUGGAUCUUGUGUAUGCCACUGGACUCACAAGUUAACUUAAAGCCAGACCCUAAUGUAUGUAUGUAGAAUUUCAUUUUGGGUACACAGUACGGUAGUAAUAGGCCACCAGGUGGCACUGUAGGAGAAGAAAACUGGGACCAGCAAUGAUUUGGUUGGUAAUCAUAAACACUUACUGGAGGAUUUUGCUCUGGCCUUACCCCAUGCGCUACAAGAAUGACCUGCUUGCCCUUCUGAGCGAUAUGAAGUUUCAUAAAAAUUGUAAAGCAUGCAGGGUUUUCAAAAUUGUGUGCAUGUAGGCCAAUUAAAAUGCAGUCAAUUUUGGAAAUGACUGAUUUACACUAGGGCGUGAAAAAAAAAAUCUUGAACAAAAAUAUCAGUUUAAAACACUCCGAUAAGAAAACCGAUAAAUGUUUCAAAUUAAAUAACAUAUCAAUAAUGAAUAUAAUAAGUACGUAAAUCUUUUUGGCAUAUUCCACCCCCUGGAUAUUGCAACAACACAGUGUAAAAAAGAUAAAAUAAAUACAUAAGAAUCAAACACCUUUUAGCCCAAGUUUUAGUGCAAAAUGUAACCAUAUAUAAUGUCGUUUGAGUAUUGGUUACUGAGCUUAUCUGUUUGCUUGAUUGAGUAGCCAAAUCACUUUACAAAUCCCAACAGGAUCCAAUACUAUAAAGUCCCAUCCAUUUAAUUGCUCUAAAAUGCCGUUUUUUACAGCCACUAGAGGCGCAUCUGCGACGCUGGAGGCAUAUUAUGCCUCCAUCGCGCAGAGCAUCCAUAGGAAAGCAUUGAGAAAUGCUUUCCUAUGGACACUUUGAAUGCGCGCGCGGCUCCGCUGACGUCGACCGGGGGAGGAGAGGUCACCAGCGCUGAGGGAGCCCGGCGCUGGAUUAAGGUAAGCUGCUGAAGGGGUUUUAACCCCUUCAGCACCAUGAGAGGGGGACCCUGAGGGUGGAGGCACCCUCAGGGCACUAUAGUGUCAGGAAAACCACUUUGUUUUACUGACACUAUAGUAAUCCUUUAAUAUAACAAUAAAACGGCUGCAAAUCUUUUUAGAAGGGGGGAAAAAAAUCACCACCUCUUGUCCCUAUCUUUUCUGUAGAAGUCUAUAUGUAAUUUGUUUUUCAAAUUUAUAGAGAUAAUUUGCACAUCUACUUAUAAAAUGUGUUAUCCAGAUCCAAAUCACAAUUGGCCGAUAUGCAGAUAGAAGACAGCGCCUUUAACAGGCAAAUAAUCUCAUCUAUAUAUAAUGCUAGCUAAACGACGUGUGUGUGUGUAUGUAUAUAUGGAGGAUUGAAUGGCGUAAUAGAAUAAGGUACAAGGGCUGUGCAGUUAUUGGGGUCGGCUAAUGAUGAAUAUUGGAGCAAUCUUUAGAAGAAAUAAGCGGGAAUAAGAAAAUAUUUUAUGGAAUAGGGAUGAUUAAAUAAUCAAUUUCCUUCCUAUAUUCAGGCUAGAUUCACAUUUGAAUAAUAAUUUUUUUUUAAAAAUAAUAUAUAUAUAUAUAUUCCAUGAAAUAUUCACAAACGCUAUCUUGCUUUCCAACCAAAGACUGGAUUUCCUAUUUGUUAUAUAUCCUUAAACUAGUGUGUGCUUUAAAGUGUAUAUGUCACAGUACCCACUUGUUCAAAGAAAAUGAAAACUAAAUAAAUUUUACCUAUGCUUUAUUCCAUUAGAAUUUUUAGCAAAUGUAUGGAUCCACGUCAGCAUAUCUUCAUCAUUGAUGGAAGUUUGGCCUACUAAGGUCGGGGUGGGGGAUUUAAACAAAGGCAGGCGUGGGGGCUGUGUUUUACACCCCUAACCCUUCAUCACAGUAACACUGGUAGAAUUGGAAAGGCAGUAAAUAUUUAAUUGACAUGUUCUUAAAGGUAAACUGUCACUUCAAAAAUAUUUUUAUGCAUAAUAAUCUUUUUAUCAGGUUUUGAAGAUAAAUAUUUUUUUUAAGAAUGAAGUAUACGUAAAAUUGAUUAAAAACUCAUCCCUACCUUAGGAUAUGACCAGAUCCAUCAACCAUAUACAUUCACCUUUGGUCAUCUUAUCUGCUUCUGUGCAGGGAAUAGAGCAGUGUAAAUUAUGGAGAUGAAUUGUCGUUUUCAAACUCUACUUGACCCAAGGUGUAUGUAUCUGAAUGAGUUUUUCCUUAUUCCUUUAUUAUUAGUUUUUUUUAGACUUGACAUUUGUCCUUUAAACAUAAAUAUAUAAUUUAACACUGUUAUAUAUUAAUAUAUUCUAAUAUAACAGUAAAUUUACACCCUCAUGUGUAAUGUAGUAUUGGUUUACACACGCAAAGCCAACAAAAUAAUUUAGGUAAGGCACAGCAUGCAAAGCAGUUUGCAAACACGCUUAUAUGAAUGAGGUCUGGUGUUCGGAUCAUACUUUUGCCAUCUGGGAAUGACAACAAUUUUGGUUGCAGUCCAGCAGAGCAAUCUGUCUGUUCCCACGAUGACACUGUCCCGUCCAUCCUCUAUAUUUAUCUGGAUUUCCUGCCUUAAAUACUCCUGUCACUGCCAGAACAACCAGGAAAAUAAAUAUAGUGUGUGUGUAUGUGUAUGUAUAUGUAUGUGUGUAUAUAUAUAUAUAUAUAUAUAUAUAUAUAUAUAUAUAUAUAUAUAUAUAUAUAUAUAUAUAUAUAUAUAUAUAUAUGUGUGUGUGUGUGUGUGUAUGUGUGUAUAUAUAUAUAUAUAUAUAUAUAUAUAUAUAUAUAUAUAUAUAUAUAUGUAUAUAUAGUGAGAAAUACAAGACUUUGUUUUUAUAGUUUGCUAUCUAAUAGACUUGUUUAUUCACAAUGAAUUAAACUCCACGAUUUUAAAGUGAAUUUUACAUUUUAGGAAUUAAAAACCUAGAUUAACUUUUUCAACUUUACUAAAUACCAGCGAAAAUGUAUGUCUGAGCCUUCGAGACUUACUUCGGGAAAAUUAAAACUGGCCCUUUUGGGUUCAAGUGUAAAUUUAAAACUCAUUUGUUUUAAAAUGAAAUGGGUCUGAAAUAGUUUUUUAAUAAAAAAAAAAAAUGCCUAUAUUAUUUUUUUUAAUUCAAUGCAAAUUCUCACAAUUUGGGGCAUCCUGAUAGUCUUAAGGAAGAUUUUACACUUUUUUUUUUGUCCAUUUCCUCCAUUUUUGUUGAAGACAUGGUUAUAUGAACACUACACAAACUUUCAGGGUAUGCUGGAGUGGAAAGGGGAAGGCUUGCAAAGAUUGUAUUUAAGAGAUCUGCAGCUUUUGCAAACUGUUUAUAGAUAUCCCAAUAAUGUAAAAACACAGGAAUAAUGCAUUCAUGUUUUUAAUAGGGGUAAUAUCUACUAAAUAGUAAUUUUUUAACAUGAAUUGAUUAUUUUGUAAUUUAAAACAAACAGGGCAUUAGAAUGUUCCUUUAAGUUACUUUCUCUACUCACACACAGUGUAAUAAUAAGAAAAACUUAUCAUUCCUGUCUGUGUUCCUACACAAGGUCCUGUUUAUCCAGUCUGAAUAACCUUUAGUCUCUGCAGAGAGAAACAGGCUGACCUUUGAUCAAAUUACAUGUUGUGUGAACUGCACAACCUCGCCACCACACUGCCUAGGUUCUGAUUUUUCUUUUCCCCCUGGUUCACUGUGAUUGUACUCACAGUUCAAAUCAAUGAAAAUACAUCAGCUGUUCGCUUCGCAGGUUUUCAUUCGCCAUAGUGCCUCUUCCAGUCUUGCGAAGUGGGCAGUGACAGAGCUGAUCUAUUUACUUAAAAGUUGUGUUUGGAUUCUCUUCAAUUCCCACAUGGUUUCAUCAUCUAACGUAAUAUCUUCCGCUGCCCCAUGAAGGUUUCUAUUUCAAAACAAUACAUCCUGAGAACUCUGUAAAAACAUUGUAAAAUGAAAAAUCAGGUCCUUAAUAUAUUGAAAACAGAGAAAACAUCAAAAUGAUGAAGAGGAACAUUUUAAUGGCAAUGUUAUUGGUUCCACCAUAUUGUGUUCUAUAUAUAGAUAAGACAUAUACUGCAGUCGCAAAGGGUACUGAAAUAAUGUACAAAGUUAUUGCAAAUUUUAGGCCAAAGUCAUGUAAAAAUAUAAAAAUUACAGAAUUUGUCCCAGUUGACAAUUUUGGCUUAAAAUGUGUACAUCCCUUGUAACGUAUCGGCCAUUCAUUUCCUAAUUUUUAUAGUAUCCGAAAACAUUUGUUUAGGUUGUUUUAGAACCCCUUGUGCAUUUUGCCCAUUUUCUUGUGAUGUGAGUUUAAAUGGUUACACCAAGCACCAUGACCACUUCAGUGGCUUGAAGUGGUUAUGAUGCUAGUGCUUGGAGUCUGUUUGUGCAGUGUUUCAGUCUGAAACGCUGCCCAUAUAGAGAUAUUUUGGUUACCUGACAGAGGUGUAAUUCCAGCUGGGCUGCCUAAUCUUAAAGGACCGCUAUAGUACCAGGAAAACAAACUCGUUUUCCUGACAGUAUAGUAUUAAUAGGUCCCCCCCCCCCUCAUGGCCCCCCUCCCGCCGGGCUGAAGGGAGAGGAAGGGGUUAAACACUCACCUUUCCCCAGCGCUGGGCUCCCUCGGCGCUGGGCACUCUCCUCCUCCUUCCGACGUCAUCGGCUGAAUGCGCAUGCACGGCAAGAGCCGAACGCGCAUUCAGUCAGUCCAUAGGAAAGCAUUCUCAAUGCUUUCCUAUGGACGCUUGCGUCUUCUCACUGUGAAAAUCACAGUGAGAAGCGCGAAAGCGCCUCUAGCGGCUGUCAAUGAGACAGCCACUAGAGGCUGGAUUAACCCAUAUGUAAACAUAGCAGUUUCUCUGAAACUGCUAUGUUUACAGCAGACAGGGUUAACCCUAGAAGGACCUGGCACCCAGACCACUUCAUUAAGCUGGUCCUUUAACUCUGUACAUAUUUUUUCACAUAGACAUUCAUUUAUUGUCUCAGAAAGCUCAGCGGACGCAUUUAGACAUUAGAAGCAGGAUUAGCAUCCUAUUUCUGCAGCUCUGUAGAAGCUGGAUGCAGUUAAGCCUAGAUGGACCCAGAUAAGAGGGCUAACCAUUGCAAAACUGUUUGCCCCAUUACUGGGAAAUGGUGACAGAUUACUACUAGCAUCAUAACGACUAGAGCAGGCUGUAGUAACCCUUUAACAACAAUUCUACACAUUCACUUUACAAGAGUUGAAUUCUUAAAAUUCUAUAUCAUUUUUUAUAGGAGGAACACAGGGAAAUUAUUGUAAUUUACACAUAUUUUAGAUCACACUACAAAAUGGUGUUGUAAAAAAUAUGUACUGCAAACAGAUCGUUUACAACACAAGGUCAAGCUGUUACCCAAGAAGGAAUAGGAUAGGGAGAAAGUCAAGAGAGGAUACAAAUUAGCGUUUUAUAAAUAUUAAAUCGUCCUCAAGCAGAGGUGGCAAAGGAAUAAAACAUUUAAAAACUAAAAAACCUGGGGGGAAAAGACAAAACUUAAUUGAUAGGGUCUGAAGCUUUAAAUAUAAAUGAUCAGACAUUAUUAAUAGUCAUAUAGAUAAAAUAUAGCCGGCCCUUAUAUUUUUGCAUAGAGGUUUAUAGGAUUACAUUAUAUGUUUCAAGGGGCAAGUAAAUUGUUAUACUUUUAAAACGUUGAGACCUGUUCCAUCUUGUUGCGGGUUAAUUAUUUGCUACUGAAAUGAUAAAAGAUUUAUUUAGUCUCAAAAUGGCAAGGGUAACGUAACUAUAUUUUUAGAAAUAAAACAUUUAAUAGUUGGUGUAAGCUUUAACUAAUCUUUAGUAGAGCAGUUUCUUUGCCUUGCCUUGGUAUGCGGUAGUGACAUUGGAUAUUGUCUUCUACUUUGCUAAGCACAAUCUACAGUCAAGGUCAUGGACAACUACAAAGUCAUUUUAAAGAGUCCUCCUCCUGUAGUUUGUUACUGUUUUCCACUAUAGCCGUAGGUGUGACACAGUUACUGAGGAGAUGUUAGUUCUUGAAGGAAUGUUCCAAGCACCAUAACCACUAUAGCACACUCUCAGCCACUAAACUAGCCUUGCACAAUAGGGCUUUCCUCAAUGGAGUGAAUGGAAGCUCCUUCCAGAAGCUUGCCAACUCCACAGUUCACACACUUUUGAUUACUUAACCUGGGAGUGUGCUGUACUGUUUAUGGUGCGUGGAGUGUUCCUUUAAGAAUGGGAAAUAAGGAGCAUUUUCAUUGAUCACAUUGUUUAUAAAAGGAUAUUACAGCAACCACGUGUUUACAUAGAUAAUAAAUUGCACUGGGCACCGUUGUCAUACACCGUAUACAUGAGCAAAUUACUCUGAUUCUGUGAUCAUGAAAAGUACAAUAAAUGUUCAAAAAUAAAUACAUUUUAAAAAAAGAAACACUAUUGACAUUGAGAUUAUGUGAUAGCUCACCGGUUAACAUUCUGGCUACACUAUUUCAAAUAUCAUAGAAAAAAGUUACCUGCGCUCUUCCCAAAUCCCUGUAUAUUUAAACAAAUGGAAGUCAUUUAGUUACUCCAAUGACCAUUGGAGGGAAUGCCCACCUGCCACGUCAAGGCAAACCUCUCAGAUAGAUCUUACACUGACUAUUCACCUUGCUUCCUUGCGCUUCUGGCAAAAAUAUCUCUAAUGAGGCAGAGAAGGGUAUCUUUAUAAACCCCUACAUACCUAUUAACCCUUAAUAGGUGCUGAUAUGUACUGUGGUCAUUGCUGCCGCCUAAGAGUAGUGGGAGUUUGAGCGCAAGACUUCUUUCAGAUAUCAUAGUUUGAUUCAUGUCCAGAUCCUCUAUCCAACUAGUGUUUCCUCAAAGUGCCAACACGGCAAUUAAACCUGAAUACUGAGGUUUAAAUUUAGAAAAAAUAACUCGUACAGUUGUCCGAACUAAUUAACUUUAGUUUUAAAAGACAAACACAACAGAGAGUUCAAUUAUAUAAAUUUUAAAUAAUGAUAUACCGGUAAAUAGAUGGGUGGGGGGUAGGGGUACUGUGUGGGGGGAGGGGUGGUUGAAAAAAAAAGUAUGCCAAAUCAGUAUCCCCCCUCCCUCCUGCAUACCUUUAAUGAAUGAGGGGGGAGGGGGACAAAGCCAACCAUGGUGCUCCGGUGGUUGUAAGUACUGCUUCCGUGUCGGGAGGAAGGGGGAGGGAUCUGUGAAGCAGCUUCCCUGUCCUCCCGCGCGAUGCUGUGUGGAGUGUUGCCAUGGUAACGCAUGGCAACGCUCCACACAGCUCGCAGGAGGAUGGGAGAGCUGCUUAACAGAUCCCUCCCCCUGCCUCCCGACACAGAAGCAGAGUAGGCGCCUGCUGUUUUGGGCAGGCAGGUGCCUACUCUGCAUUGAUGGCGAACCUAUGGCCGCGUGCCCACAGAAAGGGCCCGGCGUGCCAUAAGUUCGCCAUCACUGGUCUAGGGUCUUUGCAUAAUUUGCAAAGAUCCCAGACGGGGACAUCACCUCUCAGGGCCUGGUGGCCGGGAGGGGACAGACGAAGGUGAGAUUUACUUACCUGAACGUGUCCCUCGCAGGAGCCACCGUCCUCUUCCUGUCACCCAAUGCUGAGAGAAAGCAGUCCCUACUUUGUCUCAGUUUGUCUUAUGACUGGCUCGGAGAGUCUGUGAAAUUCCAACAACGUCAAUAUGAGUAUUUCAUAAAGAUUCUAAAGCAGGAUGACCGUUCUUUAACCCCUUAAGGACACAUGACGUGUGACAUGUCAUGAUUCCCUUUUAUUCCAGAAGUUUGGUCCUUAAGGGGUUAAAAAGAACAUAAGUUACAGUAGUAAUUUAGUAGUUUUUUUUUUUUUUUUUUUGGACAACAUUUUCCUGUUUGAAACAUAUCAGAAAAUCCCCAACCGUUUUUACCUAUUCAAUAAUCUAUAAUCUGACAGCGCAGGGUGCCAUCUUUCACAUUCAUUUUAUCAAUGUGUCUUUCUGCUGUGUAGUUAUCAAAAUAUUAUAAAGCAUAGCUUCCAAGGAUAUAUCGUCAUAGUUUGAAUCAACAUCUUUCAGUCAUUAAUUCAUCCAGUGAUCCACUGUUUGAUAAACCACUGAAAAAAAAUGCUAAAGGGUGAUUGAUUCAAAAAGCCAUAAUAAAAAUCAAAGAUAUGCUCAGAAUAUCCGAAUCAGAGAAACUUGGUCCUAAAAAUGUACGCCUAUUCCCUAUUCGCCUAUUUCCUGUUAUUAAAUAUUUUUUUUAUACCUAACCUUCAAUGUAUAAUUUGGCAUAUUUCUAAUCAGUUCUGUUUCUUAAGAUCAUUUAGUUCAUAGAUAGUGAUGUCCCGAACUGUUCGCCGGUCGGUUUGCCGCGGACUCAUCAUUGAGUAAACUUUGACCCUGUACCUCACAGUCAGCAGACACAUUCCAGCCAAUCAGCAGCAGACCCUACCUCCCAGAUCCUCCCACCUCCUGGACAGCUCACUAAGAAUGCAGCUUCACAAUGAAUGCUGUCCAGGAGGUGGGAGGAUCUGGGAGGGAGGGUCUGCUGCUGAUUGGCUGGAAUGUGUCUGCUGACUGUGAGGUACAGGGUCAAAGUUUACUCAAUGAUGAGUCCGCGGCGAACCGUUCGGCGAACAGUUCGGGACAUCACUAUUCAUAGAUAAUAACACCUAAUGUUUAAAAGGUUCAUGCCACCCAAAUUUAAAAACCUUUGCACGACUGACACAUGCAUUGCUUUUACAUGAACCAUUUAAAGGGUAAAUUAACUCUUUCCACUGUAAAAUUAAGCAUGGUGGGCAUAGCCCUUAUCAGAGGCUUUUGUGUAGCUUUGCAGUGUCUAGGAGUGUGUGAAUACUUGUUAUAACGGUACCUGAGAAAGUGAUGACCAGUGAGGCACUUGUAGCAUAGCGUUGAAUGGGCUUGCCUUUCUCAGUCAUUUUGUAAAAUAUGAAAGGGAGACUUAACCCCUUAAGGAAACAUGACGGAACUAUUCCAUCAUGAUUCCCUUUUAUUCCAGAAGUUGUGUCCUUAAGGGGUUAAUAUUGGCCAGAGGGCUAAAAACAUCACAGUAUUAUGUUAUGAGACAUGUAAAAGGUAUGUUUGGGUUGAUUCUGAUUGGAGAACACGUCAAAAAAGAUUUUUCCAUCAUACACCUCUAAUUUUUAACAUUUUACAUUGCCGUUUAGUUUUCAUGCAACUGUCACCCAGUUUUUUCAGAAAAAAAAGUAAAGAUGUGUUUUGUUUUUUUGUGUUUUUAUUUUUUUAAUGAUUUUUUUUUUUUUUUUUUCAAGGGGCCCUCCAAGCAUCAGAUCGUUGAUACACUGGUUAAAUAUUAUAUGAUCAAUAGGACUGCUGUCAGGCUGAGCGGCUUAUCCCAAAAACCUCUGCUAGAUAGCAGUCUAUGGAUAAAUACUAUAUACCUCAUAGUCCAGAAAGAGAAGCUGCUGAUUUGAAGAGCCAUUUCCUUGCCUUAGGAUGGCUUUCUGCUGUGUAACAACUGUAGAAACGUUAAAUAUGUGUAUCUUCUUUUUUUUAUAUGCAAUUUUUUGCAUUUCUUUUAAAUGUAUUAUUAAAAAUAAAGGUCACUAACAGCCUGGAAACUGCUUUUAGAGCUAGUAAGCAAGACAUUGAGGCAGAUGUUUGUUUGUUUGUUUGUUACACCUGAUAAUGGGACUGAGCAGAAAGAUCUUACUCUUGCCAAAUCCUCAUUGAAUUGGAAUAAGAAGUUCAAGAAGACAUUCUCAGUUGCUAUCAAUGUUUUUGGUAAUUAAACUAAAAGAUACAGGGUGAGAUUGGGUUGUAUGUAAAACACUAAUUCUUUGUUUGCUCUGUUCUAAGCAUAGAAAGGGAGAGGCAGAUUUUAGUUUGCACCCUUUGUUGGAUUACAAACAGACAAUAAAAGGGUAAUUCACAGUUAUCUAUAAUGUAUGCUUUAAAUACUCUUUACUUGCAUAUAUAGUGCAUAUAUAUAUAUAUAUAUAUAUUUAUAUAUAUAUAUGUGUGCGUGUAGAAUCCCAAUGCAUAGUUGGUUUGCAUUUAGAAUGUUUGCUUGCUACUUUAUCUAAGCUGUAGGGAAGGUUUACAUAAAAGAGUUGUGAUCUGAAAAUUUUGUGCAGAGUUAUAAAAAUGAAAUAAUCACCAGUGCAAAUGCUAUUGUUUCCAUGGUGACAGCACAACUUUUGAUGAAUCACUUCCGCUGAUUUUAAUAUUUUAUUUAAAUACCCACAAAACUAUUUUAUAUGAAAAAAUGAAAAAAAAGUUCAUUCAAAUGUAUUUAGAGAAAAGGCAGCGUUUACAUUGCCUCUAGGGACACUUCCAAGUGGCCACUCCUCAGAUGGCCACUGGAGAUGCUUCCUAGAGAAGUGCUGCACAGUAGGCAGCACUGCCGUUCAGCAUCUCCACGCUCUGGAUGGGGACGCUGAAUUUUCCUCAUAGAGAUGCAUUGAUUCAACGCAUCUCUAUUAAGAAGUGCUAAUUGGCCAAAACGGUGUUUGGUCACGCCUGCUUGCCGAUUUUAGCCAAUUCGAUGCUUUCCCUAUGGGGGGGCUAAAAAUUGGCAAUUCUGAUGAUGUCAUAAAGGAGGAGGAUCGGGGGCGGGGCUUAUAAUAAAGUGAGUUUUAAUUCCUUUUAAGAGGGGUUAGGGGGGGCAAACCACCUACAUGGUGGGUUUAACACUAUAGGGUCAGGAAUACAUGUUUCUAUAGUGAUCCUUUAAGGAAUUAGGGAACGCAAUUAUCUACAAAAUUUAGCAUUUAAAAAAAAUUAUAAUAAUUUGCAAUCUGUGUAAUGCUGCGUAGACAAAAUAAUCAAAAUGUGAUUUGUAAAAAUUCUCCAGACUUGCUAUAGUCACACCUCGGUUAAAAUGUUGCAAUCUGGAUUUCUACUCAUUACAAUUUGGUGAACAAUCCCCAUAGAAAUAAAAAGUAAAUGAAAGCACCAAUAUCAUCCAUUUCCUUGCUCUAGCACUGUCCCAUCCAUUUUAAUUUUCAUGUAAACAAGGUGAAGCUCACAUCUGUGUAUGUGCAAGCAGCAUUGCAAGAAGGAAGCUCUGGGAAAAGGUCAGGUUCUCAAGGCAGGUUCCCUCGUGUCCCCUUAAACGUUUGUGGGUCUACAGUCUACUCAGGUAAUUUUCAAACCUUCAACUCAGAGCAUGAAAAUUAAAGAAGGCUAGGUCCCUUUAAGUGUCCCUUUAAGCAGUGGUGACACUGAGGUGGUUGCUUGAAGGAAUCAUUACUUGUGAUACAUUAUUGUACAUAUUUUUUAACUUGUGCUUUUUUCCCUCUUUUUUUUGCACAUUUGCUGUCUUAGCUGCAUUAUUGCAUGUAUUUCUUUAUAAUUAACUUGUACUACAAUUUGCAUUGGUUACUCCAUUAUAAAUAACUUUAUAAAUCAUUGAUUGAUAUGAGCAAUACAUAGCCAGUUUAUUCAAAUAAUAUAUAAAACAAAUACUGUAUAUAUUAAACUUCGCUGCUGGUGUUUCCUCAAUACACUGAUAAAAGAGAGGCUAAUGACGAUUGAAGCAUUAAGCUAAUAAGGCAAUUAUGAUUGCCUCAAUUGCCUCUUUUACAACAGUCCCCUGUGUAUUCUUCAUGGGGUGAAAAUUAAAUAAGUAAAGAUGAAUCCAUUUAACACAUGUGGCACUUGCUACAUGCUGUUAUAUAUGUAUAUGUAUAUAUGUGUUUGUAUGUAUGUGUACAUUUGAUAUUGUUUUAUACUAUGUUUUAAAAACUGUUUUCAAUAAACAAUAUCUAGGGGGAAAAUGUUUUGCAUGCAGAGCUUUUGAAUUAAUAGGUGUUGUUGUUGAAACUACUGUUUGUUAUUGGCAUGAUUGGCAGACACUGCCAAGGCAUCAGGACACUUGUGUAUUUGGAAUAAAAAGGUUAACAAUAAGCUGCCGUUCCCAGGUAAAAUGGAGCCCAUGGGAGUUUCUGAUAACUUGGGUAAGGCCGCCACUGAAUCUGUGUCUGUAUAUCUGGUUUGAAACAGGUAAUUCCAGUUCAGGGCGUUGUAAAUACAUUCUGUAUUUAUAACCAGGGAAGAGACAGUAACAGUGCGAGUGUCUAAUAGCUUGCACUUUGUACUGCCAUUUAAUACUCAGACAUUGUAGGGUUAACCUUAAAAAGCUAAGCAGAGGGUCUAUUUGAGGAUCAGUGAUGUGGAAUAUGGGGAGAGGGGGUAAUUGGGAAUAAAUGUUUCCUGCCAUUCUCUAACAUUCACAAUCAAAUAUAUUUGUCUUUCUCACCUUACAGGCUCAGAGCCACAUCCUGCCUCAUUAUGGAGGAGUAGAUGUCCACUUCGAUGGGAUGUUUGAUUGUUUUAGGCAAACUGUCAAGUUAAAAGGAGUGUUGAGUCUUUGGAACGGACUCACAGCAAACCUGAUAAAGGUGAACAAAUUAGUUAUUUCAGUAUUUUAUUUUUUACCUGCAGGUUAUUGCUGUUGCAUAAAUAUUAUACCCAUCUGUCUAUCUUUUUAUUCUUGUAUUUGUCGCUCUGUCAAUCAUUAAAUCUAUAGUUAUAUCCAUUAUUUAAUCUAAUUAUUUAUCUCUCUAUCGAUCUGUCAUUGAAUCUGUCUAUAAAUCAUUCUAUCUGUUUACUAGUCUGUAAUAUAAAUAAUAGACUAAAUUUUGAAUUAGCUGGGAGUAUGGUUGUGGGUUUAUAGAAAACGUAAGCAUCGAAACGCUGCUAAUCUCACCUUAUCCAGCCUUACUGAAAUAAAUUAAAUAAUUUACUGUAUGAAGGAGGUUUUUGUAGGGAAACGACACCUAAUAAUUAUGUCAUUAUUUCUAUAAAAUUAUGUAAACUGGGCUGUAGUCUAAUGACUUUAAUGCUCUCUCACAAGCAACACUGCCAAAAAAAAGCCUCCCUUUUCUUUUGUAGAGCCAGAACCUUCAUUUAUGUUAUUUUGUCUAUUCAAAUUUUAAAGUGACUAAAUUGUGGUAACAUGAAAACCAAACUGCAAAAUUUAGGCCAAAACUGGUGAUGUAAUAUAACUGUCGAACUCUGAUUUCUUUCUAUUUAUUUAUUUUAAUUUGUCUAACCAUUUGCUCGUUGUAGUAGUUAUGGUGUCAUGUACCACCGGCACUAUCCACUGAUUUUCUAACAAAUCAUCGUGGCGCUGAUCUCGACAGCCCUCUGUGCAGCAGCAAUGAGGAUUCUAUUGACGGCUGUGCAGCACACACCACAGAAUUAUAUCCAAAAUAUGUCUGACAUUUAGGAUUUUUUAAUUUUAAAAGAAAAUCAGAAUAAAAAUGCGUUACUUACACUUAGUUUUACAUUAAUGCGUAGCUUAAAAUUCCUUAUGGUGGUAAACAUCGUAACACAACAUUGAGCAAUAGGCUCAACAGUACCUUUAAAUAUUUAUCCUAAUUACAGUGUUUCUAUUUCUAAUUAGACUGCAUUUCUAUAUUUACAGGUUGUUCCUUACUUCGGCCUGAUGUUCUGUACUUUUGAAAGCUGUAAACGGUUCUAUCUGUAUCAAAAUGGUUAUAUUGUUUCGCCACUGAGUUACCAGCUCACCCCAGGAGUUGAUCAGAGCUUACGGCCACAGGAGCUGCAAGAACAGCGCAAGUUUAUUAGAACCAAGAGCUAUUCCAAUCCUUCUCUGAAAAGCUAACCUGGAGGGUCUGCACUCGCGAGACCACUGUAAAUUGAGGACUUAAAGAAGGGAAAGCAAACAUCGCCAGUGGUUCAUGUGGCAUAGGGACAGCCCUUGUCACGUGAACUUCAAACUGGCCCUCUAAGAACUUUAUUUUAUUUAGGGUUCAUGAAGAUGGCCAAAAACCUGUUAGAGGGAUGGAAAUUACUCUUGUGGGUUAAUUAUAUCCAGAUACUACUAGUUAAUGUUUUGAAUGCUUUUGAACUUUAAACCCACCUACUGUGGAGGGAUAUUUCAGACUUCAUCCUGCAACUGACCAGUUAGAAAUUAGCUGGUUACAUGCAUACUCAAACGGUCUGGGUGUUCCAUAGACAUAGGCACUGCGAGCGGAGUUAAAUCCAAGUUUCCAGAAUUCCACCGCAACUGUAGCCUGUAUAUAUAUUUUAGAAUGUUAAUAAUUUUGCAUAAAUCAUUUUUCCCCUUUAUAAUGGAAGGAGGAAUUAGAGUAGAAACACAACCUUUAUCGGAAUGUGUAUUCCUUUAAAGGGCCUGUGUUUACAAAGUUAAAAUCUAAAUUCUACAUAUAAUCAGCAGUUGCUAUUACAAAUAGCAUGUAUUCUAGACAUAAAAGACCAUCCAUCACAAAAUCUAAAAUAUCCUAUAUUUUUAUGUCUCAAGUUAAAUGUGCCAAAGUAACAUUGAAGGAAGGCUUAGUCUAUAAUUGCUAAAUUUAAUUGUUUUAACAUCUUAAGAGCUGUGACCAUUUGGAAGAUGCUGUUAAAGGUAUUUAAAGGUAUAAAACAUUCAAAACAUUUUCAACUAUAAAAGCAAUAAUAUUGAACUACUACAAUUUGUUGUAAGUAAACGGUUUUCUUUUGUUUGUUUUUGUUUUUCUCAAACUAUUUUUUUUAAUUUGGCAAGUUGGUCCUUGUAUGUUAAUAACCGCACAUAAUCAAUUUUUUAAUAUAAGCACACAUUUAUCUUCACAAGAGAUAUGUCCUAAAACUUUCUAUUUUUGGUCAUAGGAUUAUCAGGAUAUUAAUCUUCAUAGCAAAUAGUUUUUAGUUAUUUCCUUUCUUUGUCCAAGUCAUCUAAUGUAUCUGGAUUCCUAAAUACAAGGGCUGGGCUGGUAUUCAUUGAUCAUUAACAUUUUAAUUCUCAAGAUGUUUUAAAUAACUUGUCCUAUUGAUGAAUACCUAGCAAAAGGGAUAGUUAUGCUUAGUUGAGCCUGGAAAAUAGUAGGUCGCACUUGAUGAGUAGGAGAUACAGAAGGGUACAACUAACGAACACCAGUGUGUUGUCAACACAAUUGAUACAACAUUUAGAAAAAGCAAAUUGCCAUUUCAGAGUUACUAGAAGGAUUAUCAAUCUCUGAGAUUUGUGGUUCUAGAACGAAAUUCACUAUUAAUGGAGCCCUCUAAACAGCAGAACCACCGCAGCUUAAUGUAGUAAUUCUGGGGUAAAAAGACAGAUCGUGCAGGCUCAGCAGUGUAAAAUACGCUUUCUCUGAGAAAAGGAAGUGUUUACACUGCUGCCUAAGGUCUUCUCUGGUGGUUGUUAAACGGAAUGCCACUAGAGGAGCUUCCUGGUGGCUGUCCUGCAAUUUUUGCAUGACCGACAUUCGGCAUCUCAAGUCUACAUGGAGAUGCCAAACACUGUAUUCUAUGAGAAGAGGCUGAUUGGCACAACAGGAUCUGUGGCAUUCCUGACGAGACCAGUGUGCUAGGGAUCUAAAGGUAAGUAAAAACUUUCUAUUUAACUUCAUUAAGAGGUGUCUUGAAUCUAAAUAGGUAGUAUAACACUCUUUAAUCAACUUGGGAGAUAGCACAUGAGUGAAUACAAUGUUAUAAAACUAUUGUUUUAUAACAUGGUAAUUAUCACUUUCAAGGGUUGUAUACUUGAUCUACUCACCUGUGAAUGUAUGAAAAAAAAAGCAUAAAAACUACAACGCUGGGGGUGAGUUCUAAUAUUGUCUUUCAGAACAAAAUAUUUGCGUUAUGUUAGUGCUGUCAAUAACACUGUGUAUGUAACAUUGGUUUUGUACAGAGAGAGAAUAUUCCAUCAAAAACUGUCAUUUGUACUGGAAUUAUACUGAAGUUCCAACACCAUCAAAAGAUCUGCAUAAUUUAAGACAUCUCAUCGUGCAAUAUGGAAUAAAUGGCUGUGGCACUAAAAUACAUGUGUUCAAGAAGCUCUGCAGAAUUAUGUGGGAUCUUCCAUAGAUCACUGUUUUGUACACUUGAUAUACAUGAGAAUGCUGAGAACAUGCUGUUCCUGGCAGGUUCAUUUGACAGUAGUUAAAGAGGGGAAGAUGGCAGCCCCCUUUUUUUUCCCCAGUCACCACCAUGAAAAUAGACAAUGCAGAGAUAACAUAAGAGACAGGUCCGCUUCAACUAGGCAUAAUUCCUUGUUAUCCAUAUUUAUUGUUUUACUAUUAAGUAAGUUCUGUUUAAUAAUAACUGGAUAAUAGAUAAGAAUGAAAACUAGCAAAUGCAUGCUGCUUCUGAACCUCUGCACUCAUGGGAAUGCUGCACAAUAAUAUUUUAUAAUAAUUAUUUUUAUAGUAAUCUCUGCUAUUUCAUGGUCUCUAGACAAUAUGUUUUGUGACUAUACUGUAGAGGAGGCAUUGCCAAAUAUGUGUUGGAUUGUUGUUUUUUGCAGUUAUUGAACUUCAAGCCCCAUAAACCACUACCAGUCAAACGUACAUUAAAGGGUUUCUCCAUGUGCCAUGACCAUUUCAGGGUUUGAAGUGGUCAUAGUGCAGAGAACCUGUAUGUGCUGUAUUUCAGUAUAAAACACUGCACAUUCAAAGAUAAUUGGUAUUGCUGGAGAAGGUGUAAGUCCAUAUUCAAGAGCCUCAUUAGCAUCCAGGCUGGCUAAUGUUAAAUAUGUGCAUAAAAAAGCCAGAUGUCCGCAUUCACAUCAUGCUGGCGAUGAGCAUCCCAUGGCAGCAUGGACUUCCAUUUCAUGAGGAGGCAUUGCCCACCCUAUUCCUCCAUGACAUGCCUCCACAUGAGUGCACCCACCAUCGUGGGGUUCUAAAGAGUCGGAAACUUGGUCUGUCAAACAUUUCAUUGAACAAAGAUGGCUUUAAUUUACAUUUUGUGUAUAUAUAUUUCCCAUGGAUGGAUAAAUAACUACUAGCUCAUCUUUGUACAUAUCUGGACCAUGCAGAUAUAAACUAAAGUCCUAAAAGCAUAAUAAAUGCUAGCUAACCUGACUCAUUGACACAAUGUUCAGCCUCCCUGCUAUCUGACUAUGGUAGAAAUUGUAUAACAACCAAAGUGUAUUUAGCAAAAGGCUUUUACAGCUAUGACACUAACUGGAAUUUAAUCAGGUGCAAAAAAAAAUGGUUUUCUAUUCUGUUCAAUGUAUCCAAAAUCAUGGUGUUAAGUAUGCUUCGAAAAAUAUAAUACAAAUUAUGGUGUAAUACCAUCUAUCGAAUAAAAAUAAUUAACACCUGUAUGUCACAAGUUUUAUGAUGGUUGGUUUGUUUCAGUUAUUUUAGACAUUCUUUGGACGGAAUAUCAUGAUGUUUGUCGAUUGAAUUCCAUGGAGGGAAAAACAGAAUAAUUAAUAUAUUUCUAUGUCUAUGAAAUACCUCAAAAGUUCAGAUUGAUAACAUCUGUAUCUUUAAUUCUGAAAACUAUAUUGUCUUACAUAAAUAUGCUUUGGUAAAAA